AUGGCCACACAUGAAACCUUCCACAUCUUGAGACGAUUCUCCAACGUAAGAAGGCACCUCUUGCUCUUAGGUCAGGACCGUGUGACACAGCUGGAAGAAAAACUGGAUGAUAUUGACAAGAACGAAGAAUCGCCUUUAGUUCUGGCCAGUGUACGUCGAGAUAAGAAUGAGGAACGACGAAAGUUGUUGUUAGAGCUACAGGAAGCUCUAGAGUCUUAUGGCAUGUGUGAAUCACGUCUCCUCGGUCCAGAUUACAUGCUAACAUGA